ACAUUAAACGUCAAAAAGACAUUUUCUGCCAUAGAGUGUAAACAAACAACCCCGUGUGUGCGACUCAGAGGGUGUCAGUAUCAGGCUGGUUAUACAAUAAAACUUCGUUUCAACAGAUAAAAUUUCCUUUUAAUAAAUUUCCCAUUAAAACUAUUACAACAUGUCCAAAGCAGCAGGCAGACUAAAAACUCUCAAGAAAUCUAUCGACAAAAUCAACCACACCAGUAAACUUCGCACAAAUAUCCCGGCCGGUUUGGCUGUGGCAGGGCCUCCACUUGGUCCGAUGCUCGGCCAGCGCGGGAUAAACAUUGCGGCGUUCUGCAAGGACUUUAACGAACGAACCAAAGACUACAAGGAAGGAAUCCCUCUGCCGUGUCGGGUAGCGGUCACAUCGGACAGAUCUUACGAGCUCACAAUCCACUCUCCACCUGCCACAUUUCUUCUGAAGCAAGCGGCGGGAAUUCAAAGAGGAGCCAUGAAUCCCGGCAAGGAAGUGGCAGGAAAAAUCACACGCAAGCAUUUGUACGAGAUCGCCCAAAUUAAGCUCCAGGACCCGCCCAAUGCCCUUUUGACGCUAGAGCAAAUGUGCAAAGCGCUGGUAGGAAUUGCUCGGACAUGUGGAAUCGAAAUCGUCAACGAAUUGGAAGCGGCGGAAUAUCAGACAUUUCUAGAGGAGAGAAAACAGAUUGUGGAGGCGCAGCGUAAGGAGCUACAGGAAAAGAGAGAAGCUAGAAUGUUGCGCAUGGGUUGAAAACAGUUAAGUUCGGUUUGUAGCCGCUGAGAUAUUUUAAUAAAACUUUCAGCAAAAUA